GGCGGGGCGAGAGGAAGAAUGACUGUUCUCUUCGCGGAUCUUGAUCCGGAACUUAUCCAGGAGUCCCGGAAGAGAUAACUCGCGGGAUAGAAGCGUGUUCACUACCCGAAAGAAAAACCGCAAAGGCGCGAGUGAGGCGGUGGGGAGAUUCUCUAGAUGCUCUCCAGAUCCUUGGUGAUGGAAUAUUUGACUCAUCCUGGUGCACUUAGCUUGGCUGCUGGAGUUGCAUGUGGCAUGUGCCUGGGCUGGGGCCUCCGUGUACGCUUUGGGAUGAUCCCCAAAAGCUCACUGAGCGAGACAGACACAGAGACCGGAAGUGAAGCAAGCAUCUUAGGAGAGAGUGGGGAGUGCAAAAUGAUUCUUGUGGUUCGAAAUGACUUAAAGAUGGGAAAAGGGAAGGUGGCUGCCCAGUGCUCUCAUGCUGCUGUUUCUGCCUACAAGCAAAUUCAAAGGAGAAACCCUGAAUUGCUCAAACAAUGGGAAUACUGUGGCCAGCCCAAAGUGGUGGUCAAAGCCCCUGAUGAAGAAACUCUGGUUGAAUUAUUGACCCAUGCGAAAAUGCUAGGACUGACUGUAAGUUUAAUCCAAGAUGCUGGACGUACUCAGAUUGCACCAGGUUCUAGAACUGUGCUGGGAAUUGGGCCAGGACCAGCAGAUCUAAUUGACAAGGUCACUGGCCACCUAAAACUUUACUAGGUGGAAUUCUGUAUGAUGGUCCCACCAAGAUGUGCUUUGAAACUGUUAAAUUCUAACAAUAAAAGCUGAAUUUCUCCCCCCA